AUGAAGCGGCAAAAGCUGGCCGUGGCAGCCGGCUUCUGUCUGUCCUUCUUGCUGGGCACUUUGCUCAACGUCUUAUUCAUCCCGGCCUUUGAUCCCCUCCAGCAGCAACAGCAGCGGCAGCAAAAUGCGGGCAUCGCGCACUCGCUGGCCGGCUCGCCUCGGGACAGGUCGUGGGAGGCGGAAAGGAGAAGCGGCGGCCGUCACCGGCGCUGGGAUUUAGCCCGGCAGAUCCGAGAGCGCUACGAAGAGGUGCUGCGCUACCAACACAGGCAGCAGCCCAGGGAAGCGGGAGUGGCGGGAGCCGCUGCGAAGUCUCGGCCGGCGGCGCGACCUCUGGAGAGGCGGCUCAUGGACCUCGCGCCGCCGCCGAGGCUCCCCUCCUCGCCCACCGACCGCAGCCCGCGGGGGGCGCAGCCCAGUUGGGCCGGUCUCGUCGCCUCCGGGGCGCCCUGGGUCCCCGAAUCCAAACUAGAACUCUCCCUCGGGCCGCUCCGGCUGGGAUGCCGGGACGUUAGCAACGUGACCGAGGUGCAUUACCUGGGCUCCGGCUACACCAAAGCGGUCUACAAAGCGGUGCUCAACAAGAGCCUGGCCGUGGCCUUGAAAUCCGUCGAUUUUGGGGGACACGACAUCGACAAUUGCGUCAAGCUCUAUGGGUCUCUGGAAGACUGCUACAGGCUGGCCUCUUAUAAGAUUAUCAAGGAGAUGGUCCUUUUGCAGCGGUUGCGGCACCCCAACAUCCUCCAGCUUCAUGGAUAUUGUUACCAAGACAGCAAUGACAUCUCAGACACCUUGACUGCCAUCACAGAACUAGGUUCACCACUGGAGAUGAUACAGCUUUUGCAGACUUCUUGGGAGGACAGAUUUCAUAUAUGCUUCAGCUUAGUUCAGCUUCUGCAUUACCUGGCCCAUUCUCCUCUUGGCUCUGUAACUCUAUUGGAUUUCCGACCUCGACAAUUUGUGAUCGUGGAUGGAGAGCUCAAAGUGACAGAUCUGGAUGAUGCAAGCAAUGAGGAAACCUUCUGCACUAGCAAUCGAGAUUGUUUCAUGGAAUUUCCAGCAAGAAAUUUCACUCUUCCUUGUUCUAUUGAUGGCAAAUGCCAAAGCAUGAAUGAGAAGAGGAAUCUUUACAAUGCAUACAGGUUUUUCUUUACGUAUCUCCUGCCUCACAGUGCCCCUUUAUCCUUGAAGCCAUUGCUUGAUUCGAUAGUCAAUGCUACUGGAGAACUUCGGUGGGGAAUAGAUGAAACAGCCAUUCAUCUCGAAAGAGUUUUGUAUAUGUACAAGAGUGGCAUGUAUCUUAAGAACUCUACAUGGGCACGCAAAUCAGAUUAUAAAAGAGUGCCUGAAGCUACAAUAAUCAAUGAAAAUUACAAAUGCUGGCCAUCCUACCAUCACAAAGGAUGUCUCCUUUCUGUAUUUGAUGUAAAUGAGGCUAUAGAGGUAUGCGAGAGUCAUUCGCAAUGCAAAGCUUUCGUUUUCAUCAACCAAACAACUUGGACAGGUCGUCAACUUGUGUACUUCAAGAUGGGAUCCACUUCCAUUGUGCCUGACCAUGCCAAGAUAACGUAUGUGAAAAGAUGA